CGGAGGAAACCGCAGAGAGUCAGUGGCUUAGUCAUUCAUAAAUAAGCCGCCGGUGCGGUCGGAGCACAGCGCCCGCGGCUACUUUCAAGUUAAUCAACGUUGUGUAACGAUUCACCGAUAACGGGGCGGGUGGGCGCGCGCGUAGCGACGCGUGUGUGUGUGCAGCAUGGCUGCACGAAAGAAAGAGGAGCCGUCGAAACAGCGGUAUCAAGCGAACGCACGCGAAAGGGACCGCACUCAUAGGGUAAGGAGCACGAACAGCUACAAGACUGAGGAAACCCAAUCUUCCCUGUGCAGUGUGAACACGGCGUUCAGCACCUUGAGAACAUUAAUACCGACGGAACCCGCGGAUAGGAAAUUAUCGAAAAUCGAGACACUGCGAUUAGCCAGCAGUUACAUCAGCCAUUUAGGGGCCGUCCUCGUCGCGGGGUCUAUAGAUCAACCCUGUUUACGCGUUGAGGACACGGACGGUGUUUAUGGGGCGAGCGAUUGGGCCGAUUCGCAAGCACGACCGCAAGUUUGCACUUUUUGCCUCGCUAUGCACAAGAAAUACAGCUGGAACAUCGCCUCCAAAGUGAUUUCGGAUUAUCGAAGCCCUGAGGGAUCACCUUAUGUUUUUCCGACAAGUUCGACGACGUAUUUCGAUUUAAGCAAUCUGUAAAUCCUCUACACUCUGUAUAUAUAAAAUA